AUGGAUCAACUGCUCGACAUCGAACAACUUCAAAAGCUCACACCGCAGCAACAAGAGCAGGUGAUCGCUGGGGUCAAGCAGCAAGCCGCUCUCGCAAACGCUCAGAGUCUCAUUACGGAACUUUCGGAAAAGUGCACCAUCAAAUGCAUAACGGCUCCAGGAACGUCGUUGACUGGAGGUGACAAGCAGUGUCUUCAGAGGUGCAUGGAUCGUUUUAUGGACACAUGGAACCUGGUUUCUCAAACGCUUCAGAAGCGACUGCAGGAGGAGCUACAACAAGGCGGAGGAUUCAUGGGUGGCGGCGGACCCAGCUUUUCU